AUGAUAAAUUUAUAAAGUUAUCGAUUAAGGAAAGGACAAAAAUGCUAUUUAUUUAUUUUAGUUGAUGAAUAACAUAACGCUUGGAUUCAUCAAUAUAUGAAGUAAUAAUAGUCUGAAGCAACGACACAACUUAUUAAUAUAAUCGAGCAGAAAUAAGAACAAAAAUAAAAUACUAUUUAAGUUUUUGGUGUGCUUAUGUUUAAAAUGCAAUUAUGAAAACGAUAAUCUAUUCUAUAUUAGUUCAAUUUUUUGGAACACUCUGAAAACUGAUGAAAGAAAAAUAUUAUUGAGUUUAAUCUUUAAAAAAGAAAUAAUUUUACUUGAUUCUGCAUUAAUACAAAAUGAGAAAGAAUAUUAAAAUCUGAACUAUUUUAUUCUCUAACUAUUGAUUUUGAAAGAUAAAAAAAGAAAGAAUAACGAAGGAACAUAAAAAUAAUAAUAUAAGUAUUUAAGGCAGUAAUUAACUGUUAAAAAACAAGGUAGUCAUAAAUCAUUAUAGAAUUAGCUGAAUAGUACAUAAAUGAAUAGCAAAAUUUAUAACAGCAAUCCUAUCUUUAUUUAUAAGAGACAAGGGAACAGUUAAUUACUAAUAAUAUGAAUAAUCAAUUGAAAUUAUUAUAUUUAUAAUCGGAUUAAGGAUUUUGA